AAAACAUAGAUUAUACAAUUAAACGAGAAGGAAACAAAAAUAAAACAGCUGUUUUUAUUUUAAUGUACGAUACGUUUUAACACCAAAUCUUAAUAAAAUGAUAAAAAUGAAUACUUAGUGUUCUCAAAAUGUAACACAAAUAUCCUUAUUAAAUUUAAAACAAAUAGUUUAAUUACUAACCAAGGUGGAAAAUGAAAGAACACUAUGAGGAAAUUCGCAAUGAAAUAUUAAAUUGACUAUACAAUCACAAAAAUGAUGUCUCAGUGCUUUUUAAGGAGCAUGAAGUGUGAUGGCAACGAUUCGAAGCCGCCUGCGGUUAAAGAAAAAGUUAUGGCUUACGAGGAGAAAACCGUAGGUAGCACUCCCUUUUUCAAAUGCGAAGCGUGUCCUUACAUGGCUCUAGCUGAAGACGACAUUAAAUUUCAUCUGUUCACUGUGCACCCGGAGCUCGCGAAAACUAACGGUCUUGCGGAUAACAUACAUAUCCAAUGCCCAGGCUGCACUGACGUCUUCGAAACCGAAGAAACAUUGCGGACGCACCUACGUAACCAUCACAAAAUGGGAAUCAAAGACGUAAAGAAAAUGAUAAAAAGCCUCGUACAGAUUGCCUUAAAAAAUGCGAAAUUAAAAAAGGAAAAUAACGAUACAUCACAGUCCGCAAACACCCAGAGUGUUGACAUUAAAAUACCACAAGUAUUCGAAAUAGUCUCUGAUGCCAACUCCGCAAACGCCCUACCCAAAGCUGUAGCUUUCAUAUCAGUCGAUGAGUUACAGAAAAUGAGCACGCCAAAUUUCGAGAAUGUAGAUCCUAAAGAAAUAAUUCAAGAGGCAAGCAUUAACAUUGUAUAUACUAAUGAAGUAUCCACGCAGUAUGUAAACGUAGCUGAAAAUGGCACAUCAAACUCUCCUUGUAAUGUCAUUCAAGUAUCAAAUGUACCCCCAGAUUUGAUAUCGUCAAUACAACCUAGAAUACAAACUACAGAUAGUGCAAAAAUACCCCAACCUCAACGAGAAGCAGAAACAAUUACACCACCACAUAUCAGACAAGAAGAGCUAAGAGAACAGUCGGACUCGCAACAGAAACCAGUGAAGGAACUAGGCACAAUGUGCUCAAUCGCAGGAUGUCAAAUACGUUUAAGAGAUGAAAAUAACCUAUCAUACCACAGGAAAAGUCAUCAGAGCGGGAAAUUAAUAUGUCAAGAAUGUAUGAAAACAUUCCUCAAUGUAGACUCCCUACACAGUCACUUGUGGAAAGUACACACAAUAGACUUGGAGCUGCCGACGUGUGAAAUAUGCGGCUUUAAAACAUACAAAAAACAUAGAUUGCAUAAUAUACAUAUGAAAAUCCAUGGGAAAUUAAAAUUGUGUCUUUGUCCAAUAUGUUCGAAAUCAUUCAAGAAUGCAAAUCAAUUGUCAAAACAUAAAUUAACACACAAAAAAGACACAUCGCCCCUGAAGUGUCCGAUAUGCCCUCGGGAGUUCAGCAACGGCAGGCAACUAAGAGAGCAUGUCACAGCGGUUCAUGAAAAACUGAAGCCAUACAAAUGCCAACAUUGUGACUAUACUGCAGCUCGUAAAGGAGAGAUGAAGUUACAUAUGAGAUCUCAUACAGGCGACAAACCGUACUCCUGCAACAUUUGCAGCUACAGGUCCGCGGACCACAACGCAAUGCGCAGACACAAGAAAAUGCAUUCUAAAGAAGGCGUCUACAAAUGCAAGCACUGCCCUUAUACAUCGAUUCAAUCUACAUCUUUUGCCUACCACAUGAUGUCCAGACACCCCAAAUUAAGUUCGAUAGAAUUACAUAGGUGUCCCUACUGCUCUUUCAAAUCAAUAAACAAGGAUAAGUAUGUCACGCAUUUGACCAACCACGCCGACAAAGAGGGAGUCCAAUUAUUAUUAGAAAUGGCGAAAGGGAUGAAAUCGAACAAACUUAGCUGGACCAUACCAAGUGAAACGGAAAAAAACGUCCAAGAGAACGAUGAAGGUUUGAACGAUGCUUCGAAAACGGUUAACGAAAUUCCUAUAGAAGUUUAUGAUUGUGACAGUCUAUCCGAAGGUAUACCGCAAGAUUAUUCGAAGAAUUACUGCGCAACGGCUACAAAUGAAGUGGAACCAUCGAGCUACGACACUCAGACUUUGGGAUCGCACGUAAACAAAGAAGACAAUAACUCUGAUUGCAUUAUAUCCGAAAGCUCAAACGAUACUGUGGUCAAUAGACAUCAAUACGUGCCGCAGCAUUUGCAGAUAUCGUUCGAGAACAAUGACUCGAAUCUGCACUUCCUCAAUCCGUCCGUUUCGUUGGAACAAAGCAUUCUACAGGACAACAACGUGAAUUCGCUUGCGCCAAUCACAUUAGCCAAUGACUUGAGCAAUAACAUUAUGAGUAAUUUUCCUAUACGGCUACCAAUUAUUCCUCAAAGCUCUCAAACCAAUAAUAUAAUGCUGAAACCGGUCAACAAAAUAUCUCUUCCGCCUACUAAAGUAACCGGGCCAAUAAUAAAACCAACGCAAAUUCUUCCGGUGCCUGUCUUAAGCAACUCUCCUGUGAAUAUGUCCAUUGACGAGGGAGCACCACGGAAAAAGCCCAAAAUAUCAGUAAAAAGCAAUUUAAUAUUAAAAGGUCCGGACCAAGUGAACAUGUUUCAUUCACAGCAGAAGAUGGCCUUUAGAAGGCUAGAAGAUAAUGAGAGAUACGGCCUUGGAGGGCCAGUUACUUUUAAUAACUUGAUUACUACACAGUUUAUGUUACCACCGCAGUCCAAUUUAGGCGAGCCAGCGACGGAUAUGAUGUCGUAUCCUCAAGAAGGUUUAAUGUCAGAUUCGACACCCACGCCAAGCGAUUCUGGUAUAGCUGAAGACUCUCAAAUGUUCUCAUUUAAUUCGCCAAUUAACGUUAAUUCCAUUAACAUGCUUCAGACCUCUGAAAAGAUUCAAAACAGCGAUCCGAGCUACAUUAAACUGGAGGCAACUAUUAAGCAGAACACGCAAUCUCCUAGCUUAGAGCGCAUGUGCAACGCUAAUAUACUUAAUAACCCGGCUAUGACCAGAGAGUACAAAGCCUCUCCGCCUUUAGAAGAUAUACACAAGAACAUGAAUGAGAUAAAAAACGAAGUGAAAUCGGAUUCAUUUUACAACAUAGCUCUAAAUACCACGGCAGUAAAUCCACCGAUAAUAGAACAGUUUCUUAUAGACAAUAUAAUGGGAGAACAGUACUCUGGACAUAUGGACUUACCAAACACCUUGAUACAGGAUUUGCCUGAAUUGGAAGAUGAUGUCAUCGAGAUAGACGACAAUUCUGACGACAACAAAUUGCUCCCGCGUUUCGACAUGAACAAUUUCCAUUUGGAAUCUUUGUGUUCUAUGCACAACGAUUAUCAUUUCUUGGAAAGCGAGUCCGGUCCGAACAAGGUUCCCGCUGAUCUGACGGUGGCCGACAUGAAUAGAAUGGUACAGGAGGUGCCGAUCAUAAAUCAAAAAGACAAUUCAAAAAUUCCGAAUGACGUUGCGAAUGGUGAUUUUGUGUAUUUUAUUCAAGGGAAAAACGAUCCAAUGAUGAACACGUCAGUGCGACAAACGACUAACAAAAUAAACGUAAAGAACAUUGAACUUAUGAAGAAUUAAGUUUUAUUUGUAGGAAAUGAUAUUUAUGCCUUUAAUGUUCCAUUUGGUUCUAGAUCACACCUUCACUCUAGGGGCAUCCAUUAAUUAUGUUAGUUCGAAGUAAGUGCCUAUUAAACUGUCAUCAAAUCUCAUUGAAACUGGAAAAGGCAUAACUGAAAAUCUCAUUUUGAAAGAAAAAUAUCUUACGUAAUUAAUAGAAGCCCCCAUAUAAGAUAUAAUUUGUAUAUAAUGUGAAUAUUUAUUGAAAGACUGCCUAUUACAAUUAUAUAAAAAAUAAA